AUGGCCCACGAACCCAACUUCCGAGCGGCACGCGUACCGACCGAACAUCGGAGUGACCCGCCCGUGCCUGUGCGCAGCUUGAUCUGCCUGCCACGCGUCAGCCUCAGUCAUCAUCUCACCGGCCUCGCCUUUCAUCACUGCCACCUGGAGAGCCGGCGUGGCCGACGGAGCCGCGCGCGCGGCAUCGUUUGGGGUUUCGAACUGGCCUCGGCCAGGGGCUUUAUUCCUCCCGUUUCGGGCUGCACUUGUGUAUGGCGCAAGGGGACGGGCCACUCGCGUUCUUACUGUCACGUGACUCAGCCUCCCCUGGAUCGGUCCGUCGUCGGAGUCGACCCUGGAUCGGUCCGACGUCGGAGUCGACCCUGGAUCGGUCCGACGUCGGAGUUCACCAACCCUUUCUUGUUCAUCGUCCAGGUGAGGAAAGACUACGGCAAAUCAUUCCGUAGUAACAAUACCUGCCUGCUAUUGCUGCCGUGCCCACGGCCCCUUGUAGAUGUGCUCUUAUUCAUUCGUUUCUCGUUAAGAUUUCUUCUGUUACUGGGGGGCGAUGUUGAAUCAAACCCCGGCCCCGGAGACUCCGUACUUGCCGAUCAACUAAAGGCUAUAGCGGACGAUAUCCGAGAAAUCAAAGCAGAAAAAUCUAUCACAAAUCAGAAAUUAAGUGCAAUUGACAGGAAACUUGAGAAACUAACAGGUCUUGAAAAACAAGUCUCCGCUUGCACAAAAAGAGUAGUUGAGCUCGAGAAAAAUCUGGCAGCCAUGACAAAAAAAAUUGACGAACUGGAAAAUAGAAGUCGUCGUUCUAACAUCAUUGUGUACGGAAUCCAAGAAGAACCGAAUGAAACAACUGAAACGUUGCUUCGAACUACCAAAGAACGCGUCCUCGAAGGCUUGCUGGGCCUUGACAUUACAGGAAUUGAGAGGAUUCACCGACUUGGAAAACUAGUCAAAGAGAAUCCCACAAAAAGCAGACCCGUAAUCCCAAAACUUCUUGAUUACCGGGAUAAGGUCAGCAUCCUGAAAGAAUGCUUCAAAUUAAAAGGUUCUGGCUUUUCUAUCAGCGAAGAUUAUUCCCAUGCUGUACGUGACGUCAGGAAGAAGCUCUGGAAUCGAACAAAAGAAAAUCGCGAUCGUAAAGAGAAAGUAAUGCUAACAUACGAUAAGGUGCGUAUAAAUGGGCGACUGUUUGCCUGGGACGAAGAGCGAAAUGAUAUUGUUGAAAUGAAAACAAAAAACGCAACACCUUUAACCGAACCCCGAGUCACCAGAAGCAAAAAAUAAUAACGCUUCUUAACUUCAACGCACGUAGCCUGGUAAA